UGGGAGACAGAGAGACUGAGAGGGGAAAGAGGGAGAGAGAGGGAGAGAGAGAGAGGAGUCCAGGCCCAAAUACAGUCAUGGGGGCCAGGGCUGGGCUGGGUCCCCCUUUGCUAUAAAUACGCUGGCUGCCUGGAAGUUCGGGUUUGGUGGUUGGGGCUUGGGACCAGCAACCACCGCUGCUGCUGCUGCCUUCCUCAGGGGAGUCUCCUCUGCAUCAUCCUCAUCAUCCUCAGUGUUCUGGGCGCCCAAGAUGCCUCGUGUGGACUCAGACCUCAAGCUGGACUUCAAAGAUGUCCUCUUCAGACCCAAGAGGAGCAGCCUGAAGAGUCGCUCUGAGGUGGACCUUCAGAGGACCUUCACAUUCCGCAACUCCAAACAAACCUACACUGGCAUCCCCAUCAUUGCCGCCAACAUGGACACCACAGGGACAUUUGAGAUGGCUCAGGUGCUUAGCAAACACACCCUCUUCACAGCAAUCCAUAAACACUACUCUUUAGAGGACUGGAAACAUUUUGCUGCUAAUCAUCCUGAAUGUCUAGAGCAUGUAGCGGCCAGCUCAGGCAGCGGCAAUGCCGAUCUGGAGAAGCUGUGCGCCAUCCUGGAAGCCAUCCCUGCCCUCAAGUACAUCUGUCUGGAUGUUGCCAAUGGUUACUCAGAGUAUUUUGUGGAGUUUGUGAAGAAGGUCAGGGAAAGAUUUCCCAAACAUACCAUAAUGGCUGGCAACGUGGUAACGGGAGAAAUGGUGGAGGAGCUCAUCCUGUCUGGAGCAGACAUCAUCAAAGUAGGCAUUGGGCCAGGGUCUGUGUGCACGACAAGGAUCAAGACUGGAGUGGGCUACCCACAGCUUAGUGCUGUAAUAGAGUGUGCCGACUCAGCUCAUGGACUCAAAGGACACAUAAUUUCUGAUGGAGGCUGCAGUUGCCCAGGGGAUGUAGCUAAAGCCUUUGGCGCUGGGGCCGACUUUGUGAUGAUGGGAGGCAUGCUUGCAGGUCAUGACCAGUGCUCUGGAGAGGUCAUUGAAAAGAACGGCAAGAAGUACAAACUCUUCUAUGGCAUGAGCUCUGACACUGCCAUGAAGAAAUAUGUGGGAGGAGUUGCAGAGUACAGAGCGUCCGAGGGGAGGACAGUGGAAGUCCCCUACAGAGGCGAUGUGGAGAACACCAUCCGUGAUGUGCUGGGGGGUCUUCGCUCUACCUGCACCUAUGUGGGUGCUGCCAAGCUCAAAGAGCUGAGCAGGAGAACCACCUUCAUCCGUGUCACACAACAGUCCAGCCAAAUGUUCACCUAAUGGGGUCACAACAUGUGACUCAGCACUCACACACAGAAUGCAUUAAAAAGCAUUGUCCAUAAUGGGGACAUGGGGUUAGGACAGUGGUGUAACACACAGGAGGAAGUGACCCAUGCAGGCAUCAUGAUCAUAAUCUUGACCUUUCUCAGGAUAUCUGCUGUCAGAAGGUUACUAAUUUCCUGCAGGUUGUACUUCAACUAAACCCAAUGUUAGACUAGAAUCAUUCUGUCAGAUGCAUUCAUCUCACAGUGAGUGUAUUUACAUGGUAUAGACACCACAAAUACACUUUAUAAAGUGUACAUUUUAUGAUUUUGACUGAAUAAAUACUCACUUUAUGAUCCAGCACUGCCGGGGAAUGUACACGUAUGUUCUUCUCAGUGUUGGGGGAUAUGGAGGAACCAAGUCCUACAUAAUGCUCUCUUCAUUUGAAUAUCAAAAGCAUUUGAAAUAAUGCAAGGUCUGUAAAAUACAUCCAUGUAAACACACUAUGCAGGAGAAGACUGAUAGUGUUUAUGCUGGUUGUUUUUUUUGUUUUUUUUUUUUUUCCUUGAAGAAGCUGCUGGUGUUUCACUGUUUGGAAAUGAAUGUGCAAAUGAAUAUGCAAAAUCCAGAGAUGUCUUCCUCAAACUUUCACUGGAAAAAUCAUGUGGCAAUAAACUGCAUGUAGGACCUUCUGCUAAUUUCUUGAGUGGCUUUCAAACUAAAUGUCUCCUUUUACCUUGUGUGUUUGUGGAUUUGUACAGUGAGAAGGAUCAAAGUGAGCACAUUUGGAUUUUAGACAUUUGACAUAUUAGAGACUACAUUGCAUGAGCAGCAGGAAAGAUAAAUCAUGUCUCAAUCAUCUUGAUUAAUUUCACUGUUAGCAAGUCCCACAGUAUUGCACUGAAGAGCUGCAUAGUGUGUUUUUUUAAAAACCAGAUAUUUCAGGGAGAAGUGGUGUUAGGAGGCGAGUAAACACUUUGAAUAAAAAAAAAAUUCAACCUAAAAUAGUGUGCGUAACGUUUGGGAAAAGUUUCCAUGACAACUGAAAUUUUGUGGAUGCAGCCUUAGCUGACCUCUGCAGGGAUCUCUGAGAUUUAGAAACAAAACAGCUACAAACAGUCUGGUGGUUUUGGAACCAGCUUUUGUAGGAGACUGGAGCAUUUCUGCAUUGAACUGUAAAAAAUCGGUUUCAGCUCGAGUGACUUUGAAUGUAUUACUAAACAGAGUUGUACCAGAGAAAGUACAAACAUAUUCUUUACUCAAGCAGAAGUACAAAUAGGUGUGCACAGGUAAAAGUACUGUGCGAACAUCUUUACUGCAGUAAAAGUGAAAAAUCACAAACUCUGAAAUUUACUUGCAGUGUAAAAGUACAAAGAAGGGGUUUUAGCCUUGUUUUGUCAGUUACAUUGGUUUUUGUUAUAACUGACAGUGAAAUACCAAGGGACAAACGUCAUAUGUGUUAUUGUUCAAUCCAUAUAAGUUAGUUCAGUCUUGAUGAUUCAAAAUGUAACAUUUUUCUCCUUACAUGCAUUGAAACAAGUGUAUAUUCAUGAAAGAGCAUAAAGUAAAGAUAUGUCUAUUAAAAACCAGGGAGUAAAACUGAAAAAGUAGAGAUACCUGCAAAGUACACUUGAGUACAGUAACAGAGAAUUUGUAUUUUAUUGCUUCCCACCUCUGUAUUGUUGUAUUUCUCCAUUUCUUCUGUUGUUAUUUGUGUGAUGUACAUGAAUGGUGAGCAGCACAAAUGUAGCACAGAGAGCUUAAACAUUUUCAUUUGUCUUGAUGUGAAAAAGAAUUCAACUGAUAGAUGAGCUUUCACACAGUGGAGGUAAUGCUAUUCAGUAUAUGUGUACACUAGAGUGGGCUAUUUGUUGCUAGUUCAGUGUCCACAUCCAUCCAAAUUAGUACAGACAAUAAAAUGUAGUUUGACUUUUGAACAUAUACAUAUAACAUGUUUAAUUUUUCUUCAUCAGUGAAAGAAUUGAGAUCCGACUUAGCGGCCACUUCAGAGGUAACCUGAGCCUCUUAGGAUUCUUAUUCUAAUUAAGUGUCAGAUUUUGUCCUAUUCUGCCCCCAGUUUGAUUUUUCCAGACAGUCUGGAGAGCAGGUCUGGAUUACAGCUGGUGGUGGAAAAAGUAUUCAGGUCCUUUACCCAGGUAAAUGUACCAUUAUAAAUGGUGAAACUGUACUGUUAAAAGUAGUUGUCCUACUUGACUGCAAAAAUGAAUUUAAAGUAUUUAAGAACCGGUUUAGUCUGGCUUGUAGAUUAUUAUUUAUGUCAUGAUUAAAUUAUUAAUGUUAAAACAUAAGUGUUGCUCUUGUUGGAGGCAGGUUCAACUAGUUGACUUCCUCUUUCAUACAUAGACCCAUCACAUGAUUAAUGAGUCAAAAAUGUGUGUCAGAUUUGUUCUGACCAUAGACUGGGGCUGAAACACAGAUUUUUUUUCUUACUUUUUUCAGUCUGUGAUAUUUGGCAAAGAUUUGAAUUUAUUAAAAUGAAACCGGGUAAGAAAAUAAGAGGGAAAAAGCAAUAUUUGGUAGAGCAGCAGUUUCAGUCAGAGACAUGAAAAUUGACCCGACCACACAGCUUUAAAUAAGACAUCAGAGUGUGUUUUACAGUACUACAAAUAAGUGUUAGGGCAUCUUCUCAGGGCAUGUUCUCAGGGUUGUAGUAAGCGUACACAUGUAUUUCUCAGACUAGAGCAGUAAAUGUCAUUAUCUUCACAAAUGACUUCAAGUGCAAAGGGAGGUCACACUAAACACAAAACUGUGGUCUGUAGAAAUUUUCUUUAAAGUUCUUUUAAUGCUGUUUAUAUAUUUACUGUAUUUUCCAGUUGCGUUUGAUUUUUUUGAAUUAUUGUACUUUUAUCAGUUUUUGUUAUUCUCCACUAUGUAAAAUCUUCAUCUCAAAGUAACUAAUAAGUUGUCCAAUAAAUACAGUAGAAAGUACAAGACUUGCCUCUGAGAUGUAGGAGAUCUACCAAAGUAGAAAUACAAAGUUGAAUAAAACAGAAAGACUCAAGUAAAGUGUAAGUACCUCUUCUUUGUACUUAAGAGCAGUACUUGAGUCGACUGUUAUUUGUUAGUCUGUUUCCGAAUAAAAACACAAGUUGCCCAUUUAUUCCAGAUAUGUCAAGGUUUCAUUUUCUUUUUCAAAGAGGUGCAUUUGUACAGAUGUCAAAAACAUACACAAACAGGGUUUCUCCACUGCUAUAGAGGAAAGGGGUGGUGAGACACAGGGACUUGGUGAGUACAAUAUAGUACAAACAAGUUGGCUGGGAACUGUUGGUGUUGCUGCAGUGCUCUCCCCUUCCCCCAGCCCCUGCAGGCCACACACUGUCCUCUCAGGUCUGUGCUGAUGUCAAGCUCUGCCACCGUCUCCACAACUUUCAGUUCAGUACUCAGUGUCACAGGUUGGCAGAGAAACAUUUUGACAGACUGGUUGCAAGCCUCCGGGAUGAGUGUUCAGAACAGAGGAGAGGAAUCAACUGAGCUGCAGCCAAAAGAUAGGCUCCACCCCCUCUGUGGCAGUGGGUAGAGUCGGAGGUCACAAACCAUAAAAGGCUGCCCCCCCCACUGAAGUGUCUGUUGCCUUGCACAGAGUGGCAGACCAAAGAUGUUCAGUACACUGAAGAGUAAUCUAAGCCAUCUCCAGUAUAAUACACAUAAUAUCGUAAUAAUAAUUUAUAGUUAAUUGUCAGUAAUGACAUUUGUUAAUCAUAUCAAAUUAUAUGUAAGAAAUUUACAUAUCUUAUAACCCAUAUCAAACAGCCCACUAUGUAAAUUGAUUGGGGUGACACUAAACUGUUAAGUUUUUUUUUUUUUUUUUCUUUCUGCCUGAGUUGGUUAUCCAGCGCUAUGGACAUUAACAAGACGUCAUACAAAGAAAGAAAGAAAGAAAGAAAGAAAGAAAAAUAGGAAUUCAGAUCAAAUUCUGUUCACUUUUAAAACACAACAAAGUGCCAAAAAACACAUCUUUUUUGGCAAAAUGAAAGUACAAACAUCAAGAAAUAAAGAGCACACAUGCCUUUUUUCUGAUCAGAAAAGUCAAAGCUCACACACCAACAUUCAUUUUAUUUAUCAAGUUGUGCAAGAAGCCAAUUUAAAAAAAAAAAGAAGAAAACGACAACAUUAGCAGUGUUCCUCCAGUGAGGAAGCUUGUCAUAAAAACUCAACAAUGACACAUUCUCGACAUAGUUUUAAGUCCCCUGACAUUAUAUUGAGUGCUACAAGGAGACCAAAAACAAAUAAAAACCUCCUGCGCCAAUGGUAAUGCAAACAAAACCAGGGGUUUGUGUGCAUCUUUUUCACACUGCGUUAACCAAAACAAACUGUGCCAAACUUGCGUAUUUACCAAAUUACUUUCAAAGUGGAUGUGGACAAAAAUAAAAAAUCAAAGACAGACUGAACGGCACAGCCCGGUUAGCACAGCAGGGUGGAAAAGAUUCCAAACAAACUUGAACACGACAAAACAAAAGAUGCAUUCCAUGAGAAAAAUAAAAGGUUUUCCUAGUAGAAAAGAACCAAGGAACCACCUAACACCUCGGCCCGUUGGACCCAAGAACGCGCCGGGCGCCAAGCAAGAGCAUAGACAGAAAAACACAAGGUUACGGCAAGGUGAUGUGCAAAACUUAAACUGAGCCAUCUCUCUCUCUCUUUUUUCAUCCCUAUUCACCUAUCUUUUAUUUCCACUCUCAUUCUCUCUGUUUUGAAUGAAUGUUACCCCUAUGGAGGGUAUCGGUCUGAGACAGAGGGGUUAGACCAAGACCAUCCUAGGAUUAGAAAGUGCUGAAACAUUAUCAAGUCUUUUACAUCUACUUACAUGUGCAUCUCUGUUGGUUGGUUGUUUUUUUUUUUGUUUUUUGUUUUUUUUUUUUUUACUUUUUUAUAAAAAGUGGUCCCCACUAACAAUGAGGUGUUUUUUUUCUGUGGGUUUCACCAUGAACCACUGACGGUCAGGGUUUAUGAUCUCACAGACAAUUAUAGAAGAAAACACAGACAGACAUAUUCAACCACGCUCAUAAACAUCUGAAUGCCAGGUACACACAGAUGAAGCAAACAUACGCAACACGCAUACACACAAAUGCUAAUAAAUUUAGGAAGGCCGCAACAGUACGACAGGAAAACAGAGAGGUACAGGCAGUCUCUCUAUUUGUAUUUUGUUCACACACAUCCUGACUCAUGUCUUUCCAGAUGUGACACACACGUGCACACACACACACACACACACACACACACACCAUUAAGAAGGAUGAGACACUGGAGUAGAACUAUGCUACAUACACUUGGCACAACAAAGGAGGGGAAACAAAUGUAAGUAUUGCACGAUGUGAUACAGGAGCUAAAAACUUGGGAUUAUCUAGGAAAAGUCCAAACAUUAUCAAAACUACAUCAAACUUAAACAAAAAAAAAAAAAAAAUUACGAUAUCUUGCUAUUCCCUCCCCUGUGUUACGAAUGGUUCAGAUUGCUUUGUUUUGACUACUAUUUCUGUGCUGAUUUAUGUAAAAUUAACGCUGUGUGAGCAAAGAACAAUCAAGUAGUGAAAAGACCACUAAAUAUCAAAAAAUUGAGUUGUGAAACAGGCAGUUGGAGGCUGGCAUUUGCUGCAUCCAGGCCACGCUAAAAGGUAGCUAACGGUUGUCAUUGAGAGUUAAUCAAUUGCUUCGCCUCAGGAGGAGGAGGACAAGGAGGAGGUGCUUGUGAGGCUGGCUGGCUAUGAUUGGGUACCUGAAACAAAGUUAAUGAGGUCACUAAGGGAGACGUGGCAUUGAGGCAGAGUUGGGUCACAGGAUCACACCGCCACCGCUGCUGCUGUUCCUGCUGCCUGCAGAUGGCUUCAGGUGCACAUGACUUGACGGUGUUGCACGCAAAGAGUGCGACACAGCUCACCUGCAGCGGUAAACAGCAGGGCUUUAUGACUUUGACCAGCUGGGACAGAAGAGGUCUUGGGGGUUUUUAUUUAGUUACUGCAUAUAUGAAACACUUCCCUGAAAUACUAGCAACUGGAGUUGCAACUGCAAUUCUGAAAGAUUUCAAUGUACUUCAUGAAAAGGGGGUCAUAUGUUAGCUUCUAAAAACAUUUGCUGGUACAAGACAAAAUCGUAUUCCGUCUAUGGGGAGAUGAUGUGAACAGAUAGCUAUGUGUUUUGGUUGUAAUCCUAGAGAAUAUUGUUAAAUGUUUAUUGCAGAGGGUGGAAUGAAUGUGCAUGUGUGUCUCACUCAUACAAGAGAAGGGUGCCUGAAUAUUAUUAUACUAUUGCUCUCUAAAGUAACCAAAGCAACAAUAGCACUUGGCUUUGGUUGAUAAUGUCCUUUUUGUUUGUUUUAAUCUGACAGCAAAAGUUUUGAUGGUCUGUGUGACCAACAGAGUUCAUUUAAAUGUUGUGGUUCUGCUUUGUAGUUCUUUAGAGGGGAACUGGACAAAAAAAUAGAAAUAAAUAAGUUAAAAAAUAAAAUACACAUAGCCACAUAUACACAGAAUGCAAAAUAUGCACACAUUACUACUGAUGAUUAGGACUAUUCAGGAAAUAGGAAAAAGGAAAAGAAAAUGCAUUAAUGUGAAAAUGAUCUGAGAAACCCUGUUUUAUUAU